AUGAUAUCUCCAAGGUCAGUUUUCCAUUAAAUAGACAAUUUGCCGAUAGAAACUAAUGCAUUUCAAAAAUCUUUUACCCCAAACAAUGAAAACUCCAAAAUCUUUUUUGGCAUGAGUGCUUAAGUUUAGAGUACUCAAUUCAAGAAAAAGAAAGCAUCUUAUACCAAGAAGUUUUAGAAUAGAGUUGAUUAUCUAAGUCAACCUUACUAUGCUAGAAAAGACUCAAAUAUUUCUAAUGGGGACUUUAAAUCCAUUAAAUCAAUGGGGGAAUUCUCUACCAAGAACCAAUACUAGUCAAGUUCUGAGAGUGGCAUGAUAUCUAUUUAUGUGCCAAAGUAGAAACUCACUGAAGUAAAAGAGAAUAUACCUGUCGAAUAAAUGCAGUAAAUGGGACUUAACUUAGGAAUUAUGCCCAAGAAGAAUAGAUUACAGAGUGAAAAUCUAAUUACAUCAGAUAUGUUAAGAAUUAAAAGUUAAUACAAAUCAAUUGAACUUUCUCAUCAUGCUAAUAAUAACAAUAAUAAGAAGUCUCGGUAGAAAAAAACCUAUAAUUGUACAAUAUUGAUAAUCAUAGAUAAAAUCUAUGAAAUUCUGGAAGCUAUUGUUGACGAUGAUUUGAGUUUUAAUCUCAAAUAUAGGAAAACUCAAGCAUAGAUUAGACAUUUUAAUGAUUUUAAAUCGAGAAUCAUCAAGGAGCAUUAACUUAGUGAGGAGGUAGCUUACCAACUUAGCUAUUUGAUGGAAGUUAUGUUCUAUGAAUAGCAGAAAGAAUAAUUUGAGGCUAAAUUUUCUUUAAUGGCAAUUGAAGGUGAAGUAUCAUAUAAUAGUUUGAUUUCUCAGAGAUAAGAGCUGAGACAGUUCAACCACAUAAUAUCUAAAAAUAAUCUCUAGACUCAAGCAAUUGUUGAUGAUGAAAUGCAAGAGUAACAAUUCUAAGCAGGCUAAGAUCAAUAUAACAGUCUCAAUCAAAUUUAGAAGCAAUAGUCAACUAAUGAAUAAGCAUCCUAGUCGUCAUCAUCUAAUUCUAAAAAAUAGAGGGAAGAGGGUAAGUCUAAAUCAAGAGAAGUUGAGUCAUAGUUGUUGCAAUUCAUUUGCGCGCUCAAGCUAUUCAAAGACUCUCACAAGGCACUUUCAGAUGAUGAAAUAGCAGUCAAUUGGAUUAAGUUAAGCCCUGCUAAGAAGGAGGAUUAUAUCUACAAUGGACUCCACACCAAAUUAGAGCUUGAAUUCAAGUACAGAAAUUAGUAUAUCAUCAAUAAGAGAGAAUAUAUUGAUAUACUAAAGAAGGGUCAAUUGAAUUACUAGCCAGUAAUUGAAAUGGUGAAGCAGAACACUUACAAAGAUUUUAUUUUCAAUCUCAAAACUUUUCUCUACAUGUUAGAUCAGCAUUAAUGA